AUGUACAAAGUCGAGUUCACGAUAUCCAGUCCGGUGAUGUUGGCGUUCUCUGUAAGGUUGCUUCCAAUCAUGUCAAUUGAAGAGUCUCCAAACGGACCUUUAGAUCCAGGAUGGUACUCAAAGAGGCCAUUAAGUUUCACUUUGUUGAUUCCAAAGCCACGCGAAGUAGCUUCCGGUAGAAGAACAUGUAGGUUCGUUCAAGCUGUUAUUGGCGUAGAUGGUGGUUCCGUAUUGGAAAAGCUCCAAACCAGCGAGUCCUGCUUGAUUACCGUAAUUGUCCAGCACUUGAACAGAGAUCUGAUCAACCUGGAUCCCAUUAACAAACACAAAUUCCUGGUAGUUCGCGCCGAAUCCUACCCAUCCAGCAGAUACAUUGCUCUCUGUGGUCUCGUUUCAAGACUCUGCGGGUCGAUAUACGACAAGUUCAUGAUUCCGUUUGCCGGACUCGUUGUGAUUCUGAAUAAACUGACUCCGUCGUCGCCCGGCAAGUUGUACAGUCUUAUCUUUGAUGGUUGCACAGAAUUUGGUAGCUCGGCCGACCAGGUAUCGUGUUUCUGCGCGAGCCAUUCGCUGGACUCGGACGGACAGACUAUGCUAUUUGGGUCUGAGUCUGAAGAGCUUGAGAUCUGCGCGUAUUUCAAGCUGAUCAAUUGGUCAGGGUCCACUAUAGUGGAGUUUGUGCUAUUGGUACUGAGUAAGCGAGAGUUUCCAAUGGAAUCGAACUGUCCACCAAAGAUGAUGCUGUUGUUGUUGCUAUGUAUUAUGCUGUUGACUGUUCCGUUGAGUCCUUCAAAGGGAGUGUUUGAUAAUGUGUUGUUCGACCGGUUGUAG